UUAACGCACCCGAGCAGGGAAGGGAAAAAAACCAGGACUUCAUGACCCCCACCCAGUGUGGCGGUGACCUAAUUACCCCAAGAUGGGUGGCAGAGAUCGUGGGAGUGCCACUCGCGGUACCUCUACCCACUGCUGGAGUAGCCGAACGCCUAUGAUACAGUCUACCCAGGAUAGAGCACUCUGACGCAGUACUAGUUACCACACAUACCGUACCGGUGGCUUCAUCUCCCACCCUACCAGUUCACCGGAUUAGCUGUCCUUAUUCACCCGCGGUAGCAACGGUUAUUGCGCAUAACCGGUGGACAUCUUGCAUCCAAACGCCACAACUUUCUCAGUCUACUUUAUCGACUUCCUCUGCUCUACCGGUGACAUUCUACAGCUAAAUUGCUAGCACGGCGCGUUUUCCUCCAGGCUACAUCACCUCCCGAAGCUCCCCACAAUCAUCCCGACCUCAAAAAAGAAAAAACAAACGAAAAGCAAUCACACACGACCCCCCUCCUGUUCCCAUCGUCGGCCCAACGGUAACCGCUACGGGACCUCCAUGAAUGCCUUUACUCAACCCAUACCUCCGUUCUUUCUUCCGCUCCACCCUCCCUGCCCAAUGCACUCCCGUUCAAGAUCACGUAUUGAGCUCUCUCUCUUUUGCCCCAUCUUCUAGAGCUGCUAUUUAGCCGCGAUAGUUUCAAAGAGCUGACUAUUGCCGGAUUUUCCAAUUGCGUGUGCACCAGAUACUAUUGGUUCCCACCACCGAUAUCUUGACGAAUACCCGCGACCGUGAGACAGGAUCGCUCUACUCGGAUCUUGCUGGAUCAGAUGAAUUCCUAGGAAGUCAUGUUCUCCGGGUCCCCAGCGGCGGCUCCACAUCCCCCAUGGUGGGAUCGAGAGAGAAUAGGGGGAAAGCUAGGCAAUACACAACCUUCAACGGUAGAACGGUAGUUGUGAAGGACUCGUGGGUUUACUCUAAUAAGGGUAUGUCGGGUUUUCCCUGGGCCUCUUGAGAAGUUACACUGAGCAAAUUGCGGGGGCGACGGGGAUGCAAGGAGCUCGGGCACUGACAGGCUGAUAGGUUUUCGGAGCCUAAAUCAGGCUCAGCUACUGAACGAUGCACUAUUCUAUCCUGACACCAGCGAGCCUCAGCAGUGGCUCAUCUACUAUAUAUCGAAACCGCUUAUUGGCUCCCUAGAGCUUGUCCCAACAGUACCCGCCUCGCUGAGGGAUCGAACAAACACCGAGCCUCCCGUCGCAAGAACCGGUGGGUCAAGAAAGAAGGAUAUCAAAUCGUUCAAUGAGCUGCUGAUGCUUUUUCCAAUGAUUGCCAGACAAAUGCAGCCGGGUUUGGAGAAGUUGUUUCAAGAAUUUGAGGUUUCCUUUCAGAAAUUCAAGCCAUUACCGCUUCCUCCGCCAUCCCCGCUGUCAGUGGCGUCGGGUCACUCGUCUCCUAAAAAUUCUGUUCACCCAUCUGGGAACGGAGAUGUUUACACGCAAGCCGCCGACGAAAGUGAGAUACGGAGGUCGCUGGAGUCAGCCAUCAUGUCGGCGGUUGACCUUUUUCAACGAGUAGACCAAUCGCAACUGAAUCUUCUUGCGACAUCAACGGAGCUUACCGGCCCAGCUGUGGAUCGAUUAAUUGAGCGAUAUGUAGCUGAGCAGUUACAUGACUCGAUGCUUUUCCCUCGUGUUUGCGCUACAAGAAGCGUUGAAGAUGAGGAACUGGAACAGAUGAUUCUGAAUAUGGAGAGUGUGGAUCUGACCCAAGUCGGGAUCCCGCUUCUGGAUCACCAAGGAAAUAAGAGUCUUGUUAAAAGACUCAACCGGGGAAUCAAGUCCUUCGAAAAUAUAGGGGAUUCCAAAUCUCCUCAAGCUAUGUUGCAACAUUUACUUGAAACAGCACAUACUCUAACCCGAAUGGAAGCCUGCGAUAUCCAAGACCAAGAAGUCAUGUCUUCAAGUAACCCGGAAAAGCCAACUAUUGUGACAAUGAAUGCAGAUAUGCUUGUUUCCUUGCUCCUUAUUGUGGUCAUUAGAGCAAAGGUACCAAAUCUUCAUGCGUGUUUGAGCUAUAUGAGAAAUUUUAUGUUUUCCGAAGACGUGGAGCAGGGGGAGACCGGAUACGUUUUGAGUACCCUGGAAGCAGUGUUAUUUCACAUAGCACAGGACCAUGCCUUAAGUGUGGCCAGUAGGUCUAACGAGAAGUUAUGGAGAAGCGUCCGCCAGGGCGAUCUAGAAUCUGUCAAGAGGCUUUUAGAGCCGGGCAUUCGGAGUGCAGAGGCCAACAGAAGUAGGGAAAACAGCGCCUCCCGUUCGGAGGCGUCAAGCGAAAGUGAAGAGGAGAGUGGCAAUGAAAGAGGUAGAAGCCCAAACCCGCAUCCUACAAUAGAGAUACAUCAUCCAGCAACACCACUCCCCAAUCAACAGCUUGAGGAGAGUUUGGGGAAGGAAACGAGUGAUCGCGUUGCAGAAGUGAUUGAUGAUGCAACGUCGGAUAUCUCGGAGUCAGUUGAGGAUGAGGAAUCGCCGCCGCCCUCUAUAAGUAAAGAUGGCAUAGACGAUCUCGAGGGAGAGUCACCCGAUUCACCAUUUGGUGUCCCGAUAAAGGCUGAGCCGGAGUCGCUUUCAAAUGGUGUCUCACCAACGAUUGAUGCCCCCGAACCUGUGCACAAUAUGUCAACCGACGAGGGCGAGGAGCUUACACUACUCAAUGGAAUUGAUCCAAACACACCGUCACUAGAUACCCCCGAUGAAGAAGCAUACACGGAUCCGUUUGAGGCGGCCGCAACUGAUAAUUCGUCUUCCAAGUCAAUUGGUGUCUCUAGUGUACGAUUGGAAGACCUCCGGGCUGAUGGCCAGGAGGACGCGGACUCUCUCAACAAUGUCCCAUUACCACCCGCACCGAAAGGUGCGUCAAAUGCACGAACUGCAACGACUCGGUUUGAAUUCGACGAAAGGCCCAGGAAUGCCAAAAAGUCUCGGGCUAGAAGUGUGGCUAGCCUGGCUACUACAGCUGAUGACACUUCGGUUUCCUCUCCAAGGCGGUUAUCAAGAACCCUGACCUCCCAAAGUCAAACUUCUGACUCAUUUUCCGCCGAGAAUCUAUGCAAAACACGCAACGCCCAAGGGGAGUCGAUAUUAAUGAUGGCAGUCCAGGAGCGAAGGGCGCAUGUUUUGAAGUAUUUACUCAGCACUCCAUUGUUCGAUACAGAAUUCUUUGUUGAAGACACCAAUAAUGAGGGAACUACACUGUUAUCUUCUGCUGUUCAAGCCGAGAGCACAGAUAUCUUGGCCUUGCUCCUGCCACAUGUGCUUUCAUUGCCAGAGGAAACGCAAAGGAGGUAUUUCCAGAAGGCGGACAGUGCUGGUAGGACUAUUGCGCAUUAUUUAUUCCAGUAAGUUUCACCCCAUUGCGAAAAUUGCCUAAUACUAAUUCUUACAGUGCCCCGGAUUUGAUAAGCAGGUUAGGUCGCUGGCUGCCUUGGAAAUAUCAAGACAAAAACGGUCAAACCCCUCUAUUCGCCCUCUGCAGAUCUUACGAUCACGCUCGGUAUAAGGAAAUGGUUCAUGUGGCCAUCAAAAAUGCCCAAAACGCGCAACAAGACGGUUGCAGACUGCAUCUUGACGAGCACGUGGAUACCAAAGGGAACACUCUGCUACAUAUUGCGGGUGACCCCACUGUGUUGCGAACACUGCUGCGAUGCGACUCGGAAGUCAAUGCGACUAAUAACAGAGGGUUUACAGCCUUGAUGGUGGCAAGCAAAUAUGGCAGAGUUGAGAUGGUCAGAACCAUGUUUGGAGAUCCAAGAGUGGACCUCUUCGCAAAAGAACUCAGGGGAUUGACAGCGGUGGAGUUGGCCAAAGAUGACGAUGUCAGAAAUCGGAUUGAUGGUAAGAGAUUCCUCGAGCGUACCGCAACGAGCACGCUAUUAACCUAUCAUACAGACUUGGUCCUAUUUCAAAAUCCUCCCAUGCCGCAUGGGAGGAUCACGGCAGUUGUGAGAUCCUUCUUUGUCGAAGAUGCCACAAUACGAGUUGUUGUCAAGAGUGGCGCUCCUUCGGGGGAUUCGACGUUUAUGAUUACUACAUGCCGACGAUCACUCACCGACUUUCAAUUCUUGGCGGAGUGGCUUGCAUAUGAGAACCCGGGAUCAUGGCUGCCGACAAUACCGGUACUUCGCAGCCCUUAUCAAAUACCCUCCAAGCCUUCGAGAUCCGUUCUCCGCGAUAUCCAACUCAGAUUAGCCUGUUUUCUCAAGACGCUACUUGCUCAUUCGACGUUUUCGAUGCACGAGCUGCUAUGGGAGUUCUUUCUGGUGCCGGAGUUACAGCAAGAUUUAAUGAUUGAGCGAAGCAAGAAAAAGGCCGAGGCGAGGAUGGAGAAGGUACGCGAAGAGUACCAGCCGGUAGAGGAUAUAAGGGAUGUAGAGCUUUUCGUCUCCCAUGCAAAGGAUUCUGUCCGGAGCAUCAAUUUUGCGUGCAGAAGUGUGACCCGAAGGGCUAACACCGUACGAACUACGCUCUCCGGUAAGGUUCCCCACCACGUUUAAUGGCUAGUCAGCUAAACCCAAACAACCCAGACUUCUCCGACGCUUUCAAAAUCUGCGGCAAGCACAUUUCCGGUUUCAGCUUUCUUCACGACACCCCGCAUCUAGCCUCAUUCCACAAAUUCUCCGAGAUCCUAAUCCCCAACGAAUCGAACCCAUACAUCUUAUUCCUCGAAGACUUUCGCAACCUCCAAUCCUCUCUGAACGGGGUGAUGACAGCAUUAGACCGCCCCCGCCAGCUGAUUAACCAAAUGUCCCGUUUACAAAAGCAGGUAGACAAACACGUCAACUCCCUCCGACGAUCAGACCGCUGGCCGCUAGGACUGCUGGACGACACGCGUGCAAAGAUACACCAGGAGGCAGCGGACAACGUUGCCAAAUCCAAGGAUCAGUAUCUGGCCCUUUCCUCUGAACUGAGGUUUACGCACACCGUGGCUGCCGGGGAACUAUCGAGUUUUCAUGAACUACAUGCGAAGCAGGCGAGGAGAGCUAUCAGGGAGCUUGCCCGGAGGCAGCUGGUCACGGAGAGGGAGAGGUUGGAGGGGAUGAGGAGGGCUAUCAGGGUGAUUUCUGCCAAGGGGGGUGGGCCUGUAGCUAGCACUCUUCCUCUUCCUCCUCCACCGAGGACUACGCCGCCACCCGAUAUGGGUUGA